UGGACACGUGAGCAGACUCUGCUCAUUUCCACCUGGUCUUCUGCCAUGUCCAUCGGAGCACCCGUCGAGUGUCCGGUGACUCAGUAACAAAGCAGUCCCAGCAUUUCCCAGCAAUCAGCAGGAUAUAUCAGGUACACACACACACACUUACACACACAGACCUGUACUCAUAUCUUUGUGGGGACCUGUGAGCAUAACCCUAAUCUUAAGUAUGACAAGCUUAACCCCUACCCAGCCAUACCCUUAACCACGAGUAGCCAAACAAAAUACAAGACGUUUGACAUUUUUAGUUUUUUGAUUGCAGCCACAGAUUUUUAUAAAAUUGAGUUUCCCUUGUGGGGACUGAAAAAAUGGUCCCCUCAACUUCAAAAUAAACAGUUUUUACCACAUUGUGAGGAAAUCUGGUCCCCAAAAUGUAACAUAUACAUAACCCAGACACACACAAACACACAUUCACCGACAGACAUUUGCUCAGAAAAGGAUAUAUAUGAAAGCUUGAUGCUUCAUCUCAAAUACGUCAUAAGAUCACAUCCUCAGUUCUUAUCCCAGAGUCACAUGUUCACAUUUUCAUGCUAACUGGAGUCUAAUGGAAGCGGAGCCGACACAGGAAGCGGCUCACCACAGCUCUUGAUGUGCACUUCCUCCUCUGUGAGGGACCCAUUGGGAUGUAGCCAGUUUGAGCCUGCAGGGUUUUUCACCUGAAUAAAUCUGAUGAAGUGUGCUGACAGCAUAACUCCGACAGGGAGCUAAAUACACACACAGCCCUUUAUAGACAUUUUUUUGAUUGCAUAGCAGCCAAUCAGAAGGCUUUAGGGAAUAUCAGCACUUUCCCAAAAGGCAAAGCAGCCAAUGAAAGGGGAUUAUUCUCAACAAUGUAGUUAGAAUGGACACGACCUUGCUAAUACAAUAUUGUAUAACUUACUGAUGGUGAUUCCCCAAAACCAAAAGCCAAAUAGGCCACAGACAAGCAAAUUAACUGUACAUGUAUUUCUUAAUUAAAAUAUAAGCACAUUCACCCUACAAGUAUCAUUUUAUACUUUACAAAAAUUGGAUUUAUUAAAGCUGUCAUGUUAUCAGACAAUUUUCAUAUCGGGAUUUCUUCCAGAGUCUGGUUCAGAUUUAUGUACAGAAAUGCAAAUGAGGGCAGGAGUUCAUGAACAGCUUUCAAAAGUUUGCUAAAUGCUAAAGUGCAAUUGAAACUAAAUGAGCAGCACCUCUGAGAAUGACCACAGAAGGUCUGACAGCGCUUCACAGUCAGAUCUGUAAGAGUGGCUUAUAACAGAACCUGAAAUGUAACCAAGCAUCACUGUCAAAGGCAUAAAAACAACCCAAACCCUGAAUUUGAACGAAUUCCUCAAGUUACAAGCCUAGACCAUAAAGUUUAUAAACACUGCCAGACAUGGAUGUAACUUAAACUGCAGGAACAGCAUGGACCAGACCUAUAGAGACACAAGACUGAAUAUCAUGGAAAGUAAACUCUGGGGAUGAUUCCUUAAACCCUCACAUAAGCUAAGAGCUCUCUCCUCCAGCCCAUUCCCAAAUCUCCCUGGCACUCAAUAAGCCCCAAUCUAAAACACCCAUCGUUUGCACUCUGUGAGUCUCAGGCGCUCGAUGUCUCUCUCUCUCCUGAACAGCAUCAGCCACCAACCCCUGACUGUACCUUGGAGACUGUGCUGACUGAACAGGCCUCCCCGCUUGCACAAAUUAAUUGAAAACGAAAAGAGCAAUUGGACUAGGACCCACGUUUAAACGACCCGACGCAACUGCCUCAGCAAACAAAUUAACCCAACUGGAAUAUAGAGCUUUUUGUGUCCCACGGGGAUGCAGGGCAGCACCGGAGCAGAAAAGUCUCAGGAGAAAAAAACUAAUGUUCAUGGCACAGACCACAACCGCCCCUUUACUCCCCUGAGGUUAUGCAUUUCCCUAUUUCAACGUGUUUAAGAUUUAAACCAUUUAAAACGCAGUAAUGGAGCAACCACUGCAGCUACAACAAUGGCUGCAGUCAGUUUACACUGCUGGGCCACAAACAAGCAAAUUGUUCUUAAGUUUAUAAGCAUGACCUAUAAGCCUCAGGUGACCUCAGAAUGGGGGCGGAAUCUUGCAUGUUUCUGCAAUGAUGUACUGGAAACAUUUAUCCAUAGUUAUGAAUAAGUAAUCAAAGACAUAGCAGGUAGAAGUGUAUUAUUCUCAAUAUGCCAAAUCAAAGGGGGUAGAUUUGGCCAUGAACAUUAGGAACGUGUUCCUACCAAGACUGUGGAAAUACCAUGUGUUUGGGGAGGGGCAGGCGGUUUGGGUCCCUACCAUUGAUGACAUCAAACAUACGCUCUUGGCCAGGUCACAUAUAGUGGAGAUUGCAAGGUUUUGUUUAACACAAUAACUGGAUUUCUGGACAACAAAACUACUUCCUGUCAUCACACUAUAGCUACUUCAUAGCUACUGCUUGCUAGUGAAACAAAUAAGUACGUAUUUAAAAUUCCGGAUGUGAAAACCCGGCUCGUACGCUCCUCGUGUGUGCCACGCCCCCUGAUUACCCACGUGUACUCCCCGGAUCGUCUCCAUCUGUGUCCGAUUCCUUUGAUUAGUCCAGUCCUAUUUAAGUCCUUGUCUUGCUUGUCUCCCUUGUCCGUCAUUGUGGUUAUGGUGUGGUCUGAUGGUCUUAGAUGUUCCCUGCUCCCGUAUUCCGUAAUAAACCCCUAGUUUGCCCUGAUUCACGCCUGUCAGCCUGCUCAUUGCACGCCUGCCCGCACGAUGCUUUUCUUUAUGUACAAUCAAAACAUUAAGCCAACAAAAUGCUAAAUAAGAAAUACACAAAUGUGCCGAAUUCACCAUGCAGCUAACAUGCUUAAUGGGAUUUUAAUUACUGACAGUAAAUUGUCUCUGAAAGUGACUGGAAAAAGUAGUUACCACCCACCAUGUCCAACAGAACAGCCUUUAAAAUCAUUCAUGAAUAACAAAACAAUGUGUCUAACUCUAUAAAAAAAACUGCUAUAACAUAAUUUAUUAUUCUUAAGACUGAUGAGUUUUAUGUGCGGCACAAAUUUCAAACGCGAAUCUCGAUAAAAAGGCAUCUUUAUUAUACUAUAAUGGGCCAGGCUUUUCAUCAGUGUGAUUGGUCAUAUAAUUAACAAUUAAAAGCUCCAACUGAGCUUACAUGUUGGAUGAGAGUUUUUCCCAAAGGGUCCCCAUCAUCGGCGAGAUGGGAAACUAGAGUUCGGCUCGGCAAAGCCAGAUAAGCGGAAGAGGCUGUUUAUUCAAGUGGAAAUCAGCACGGCCGUCCUUUCCUGUUAGUCUGCCUCGCACAGAUUCCUCUGCCCAUACUCCUCACUCUCAAGCGGACACAGUCACAUUACACCCUACACUGUAAUCGAACAGUUCAUCACCGGAUUAGCAUGCAUGCUAACAUAUAUGCUAGCAUGUAAUCAGCACCCUGAGCUUCCCACACGGUUCUCACGAAAUACUGCUUUAUAACAUCAAUAUAAAACAAAAUAAAGAUGUUUCAGUAACGCGGCUGAUUUAAUGUCAGAUGGCAAACACACCCAGCCUGAAAUCUAUCCCAAAACUUAUUCCUACUUGAUUCCUAUUGUAAUUUGUAAUACAGGCCCAUUAAUAAAUUACUGCACUGAAUUACACAACUAUAACCCCCCUGACUAAUAAGGGAGAUGUUUAUCCAACAAUUUUUCACUUUUACUUGGGCUGUCCCGCUUUUCAUGCAUCGAUGAUGUCACGCACUCCGGAGCACGGCAAUGAUUAUGUUUGCGGUACAGCCUUGCUGUCUCUGCAAAUAUAAACGUUGUCUUGAUUAUUAAGUCUCGUUAAAUCAAUUUCCACUGCAGGCAACCGCAUCGGUAACAUUCUUGCAGAAUGUUCUGUCAUCUGUCUGGAUCUUUAGGUUUUUUUACGAUGGCGUGUUUCACUGCUGUGAUGAUCUUCUUCAAAGGUUUCGGUUCUUUUCAAGCCCGACAGACCAAAGACAGGAAGUCUGGUCAACUGGCAUCUUGAAAUCAUCCGUAGUGCACAUGCAUUUGUGUAACAUCCGCUGCCCGAGCGGGGAAGCAAAUCCAGGAGACGAGGAUUACAAAAACCGGGGUUUAUUCAAAGAACGUGGAGCAGCACAAGACAAACGUUAACAACAAACUGGAACACGGACUAAAUAUAUUAGACUAAUGACAACGAUAAGGAACAGCUGGUAAACACGGGGAAUCCACACGAGGUUAAUGGGGGGGCGUGGCACGCCGAAGGAGCGACGAUCGGGGCAGGACAGCAGCAUCCAGUCCAGGGUAUAUGCCCCCUAAUGUCCUGUUCUGCCUGGGACAGUCUCCAGACUCAUAACACUAACCAGGAGUAGAGGUUGGAAUGAUGGGCCAUUUGGCCAUUCUAAAAAUGUACAACUACUUCCUUAGUUAACAGGUCAACAAUAAUAAAGAAAAUGUCCUCAGGCUUGACAAAGAGCUGAAUCGAGAACAAUCCAACAUGGUGUGUUUGCAUUGAACAGCUGAGUGGUGUUGUGGUUCAGGGAAACCAUUAGGAGAGUAACUGACUCGUCUGCCUGUCUGCACUUUCAUUAGCUGAUGGCUGUAAAUGAAUCACAGCACCAUUAUGGCGCAUUCAGCUGAUGCAGAGCAGCAAACGGGUCACGGUGGCACCACAGAUGUUGGUCAGACCACAUGGAAAAACGUCAUCCAUACUUAAUGCUGAGCCCAAACUACCUUAAAUCCAAAAAGUUAUCCUGCUUUGUGGAUCCGGCUCCUGGAGGAAACCCCAUGAUGACACGGAGAGAACAUGCAAACUCCACGCACAUAAAGCCGGGGAGGAGACCCAAAGCCCGGUCCCAGAAGUGUGAGGCAAUAGUGGUAACAACUGCACCACCAUGGUGCUCCCUUACACCCAAUUUCUGCUGAGAAAUUUCCAAUCUGGCUGUAAGAUUGACAGCGAAACCACUGCACAUCCACAUAAUCCUCCAGACAGCACCACAUCCAUUCCAGCCCGGAACAACUGAUGAGGCUAUUUUCUUUCUUUUUUUGUGUUUUUUCCUCAGAAUAACACUAGUCAAACUUUCACAAUGGUGAGAGGCAGCAUCUCGACGGGGUUCUUCAAUGCUUGUGACUAGAUCAGUGACCCCGGCUGAUAGCCCAAGCUAACUUGGGAGGAAAUUGUCACGCUGAUCAUCUGAAAAGCAAACAGCAAGUAUCGGGGUCCUUACAAAUCUUACCAUGUGAUUCAUCCCACCUUUUCUCCCAUUGCUUAUGGCCAUUUUGCUGGUACAAAUCAGGGUGAAUUGGAUUCAAGGCUGCAGGAGCAUGAACUGUAAACUUUUCAGCUCGAGUCCUCAUGUACUAUGCAUCUGACCCCUUCUUGCAUCGAAAUUCUUUUGCUUGGGAUUGGGGGGAGGACUCGGACUCGGAAUUAAGUUAGGGGCUGCUUUUUAAUUGCACAGACAUUUAUUCAGAGUAUGUCAUAUACACAAAUUCCAUUUAAUGCUUAAUCCGUUUAUGCGAAUGUGUUUUAACUAUGGAAAUAUCAUUCUUUCUCCCAGAGGGGUAGCAGUUUUCACAGAUUGCUGUACCUGAAGUGUGGCACAGCCAGGACGUUCCCAUUAUGGCCCGGGCUGCCAGCUUUGGUCAGCUGGCUGGCGUGAGAUUUCAGUUUGAGCCAAGUCUGCACACACAUUUUCAUAAUAAGAAAAGGCAUGACAUGAAAACAACGCAACGUGAGCCCGGCUGUCACUCCAAGCCACUCCCAUCGCCGGACCUGGAGCGGCUCUCCGAUGCCACAGCCGCUCCGUUUCGCGAGCAGGGAGCAGCCAUGGCGACAAUGGUCCAGCCGCUGACUCUGGAUCGAGAUGUAGCCAGAGCCAUCGAGCUUCUGGAGAAGCUUCAGGAGUCAGGGGACGUCCCUGUGCACAAGCUACAGUCUUUGAAGAAAGUGCUACAGAGCGAGUUUUGCACUGCUAUUAGAGAGGUGUAUCAGUACAUGCAUGAAACGAUAACUGUGAAUGGCUGCCCGGAGUACCAGGCCCACGCUACAGCUAAGGCUACGGUGGCGGCGUUUGCAGCCAGCGAGGGCCACUCGCACCCACGCGUGGUGGAGCUGCCCAAGACCGAGGAGGGCCUCGGCUUCAAUGUCAUGGGCGGCAAGGAGCAGAACUCACCCAUCUACAUCUCGCGCAUAAUCCCGGGGGGCGUGGCCGAGAGGCACGGCGGCCUAAAGCGGGGCGAUCAGCUGCUGUCCGUCAACGGCGUGAGCGUGGAGGGCGAGCACCACGAGAGGGCCGUGGAACUCCUGAAGGCAGCCAAGGACAGUGUGAAGCUGGUGGUGCGCUACACGCCCAAGGUACUGGAGGAGAUGGAGGCCCGCUUUGAAAAGCUGCGCACGGCCCGGCGACGCCAACAGCAGCAGUUGCUCAUCCAGCAGCAGCAGCAACAGCAGAACCAGUCAGCCCAGCAGAACCACACAUCAUAGGAGGAAGAGGAAAGGACACCGGCUGGCAGAUGUUCAGCGUCCAAUCCCCCAUCAGCAGUGAGUUCACCAGGAAGCAGAUCCCAUCUUCUCAUCUGGAAGCAGCCUUUCCACAUACUCGUUUCACAGCUGUGCCAUGGAUCCCUGUGGGUGUGCAUACUCUACAGAUACCCUAUAUACUGGUGCUUAAGAAAGAGCAGUGAGGCGAGAGUCAGAUUUGCACUGAUCAUCCGUCUGUUUCCACCCACAACUUUGUUCCAUUUACACGUAUUUAUUCAGCCUACACUCCUACCCAGUGCAAGCUACAUAUGAGAGAUGAGGGUCAGACAAUAUCCCUAAAGCAAUUGGGGUUAAGGGCCUUGCUCAAGGAUCCAAAGAUUAAAUCUCUCUGCUGACCACAGGAUUUGAACCAACGACUACCUGCUCCCAAGCAUAGAGUCCUAACCUGCAGAACCGCAUACCCACCCCCCAAGUAGCUGAGAGAAAAAAAACAUUGUGAAAGCCAGGAAUGGUGUCCUCCAUUUCAUAAAAAUCCAUUUUUCACCGAGACCUUUUUUUUUAAGAUGAAUGGUAUAUACAUAUUUUGUUGAGUGAAUGGACACUAAUUACCAUGUUUAAGGUAUUAUUUGGAACAAGUUUAUUUUAGCAUGAGGGUUUUUGGUUUAGCAAUAAUGUUUAUUAAAAAAGACACUGGCAGACUUGUCAAAGAGGAGCUUGGCAUAUGAGGUGGCACAGAGGCUCCUCGCAUGGUAGCGCCAACACCCGCCUGUACCCAUUCAGGUGCAUGACCUUAAGGUAACCUCAGCACCUGCGGGAGGAACAUGAGUAAGAGGAAGGGCAAGUUUUUUUAAAAUUAAGAGUGAUUCAGGGCUGUCUUAACGAAACUUCCCCAGUUGGGUCAGUCUUUCAGCGUAUAAAUGAUGUUAAUUUAUAAUUACAUUUUUAAUCUACUCAGCACUUAAUAGCACACAGAUUUGGAUUUUUAAAAAAUGUAUAUAUCACCGGGGUAAUGAAUCGGCCUUAAUAUUUUGUUGCCAUUAAAUAUUUAUAUUUUUUAACAUAUAAAAUGUAAAGAAGCUGUUAAUAGGCAGCUACCCAUCAUGAUGUGAUUGAUAUAUACCAUACAGGGAGGGUCAAGUGAAGAAUCGCGUUUCUAUAUUUUAAUUAGCAAGUUGAAGCACUGCUUCACCACACGGGACUAAGUGUCAGAUGAACGCACAGUUAAAUACUCCGACUGGCCCUUGGUUUCCCGCAGACAAGCACGGACCUUCCUCUUGCAUCACGAAUGCUCCACAAGUCCAUUCCUUUGCAGAAGGAAUGCAAGAUACCUAACCACAGACAGGUGCCUGUUCUCCAUAACAAUGCAAAACGGAUCGAUUUGUAAUAUGUUUAGAGACUAAUAGUUUUUAGUAGUGACAGGAAGGUAAAGGAGUUAAACUACAAGUGUCUAAGAUGCAGAGGUGGCAAGUCCAGUUUCAGGAAGUACAAAUCCAGACCAAGAUUUUGUUUCAACCAACCAGUUGAGCAGUAAAAGGUCACGUCCCCUAGAGUGCUCAACUGGUUGGUUGAAACAAAAUCUUGGUCUGGAUUUGUACUUUCUGGACCUGGACUUGCUACCAAUGAUGUCGGGUAGCCUUGUGGAGCUGUGACGUGUCCAAGUCUCGCAUUCAACAAUUCUUCCUGAAAACUUUUUCAUGCCACAUUUUCCAUCCCUCUUGUCAAUCAUCUGAAUUGUACUAUAAGAGAAAGACAGAUGACAAGCGAUUGUUAUAUUUGUAAAUAAAUGCGUGUGUGUACAACAGUG